GUGGACAAAGGGGUGGUGCCCCUGGCCGGCACGGAUGGAGAAACCACCACCCAAGGGCUGGAUGGGCUGGCAGAGCGCUGUGCCCAGUACAAGAAAGAUGGCGCGGACUUUGCCAAGUGGCGCUGUGUGCUGAAGAUCAGCGAGAACACCCCCUCCAGCCUGGCCAUCCUGGAGAACGCCAACGUGCUCGCCCGCUAUGCCAGCAUCUGCCAGCAGAACGGCAUUGUGCCCAUCGUGGAACCGGAGAUCCUGCCAGACGGGGAGCACGACCUCAAGCGGUGCCAGUACGUGACUGAGAAG